UUCUUUCAAAGAGGAGAAUGCUUUUAAUUUGAGGGUGGAAUUUCCUUGCAACCAAGCAAUCAUGACGUCCUUACCAGCGCCGAAACAGAUAUCGCCACUUAUUCGAUUUGGAAGAUAUGCAGCCUUGGUAACAGGAAUCGCAUAUGGCUAUUUAAGUUUUAAGCGGCUAAGUGCUAAAGAGGUGAAGAUUCAGGAGCAUGAAAGCAAGCUGCGGGCCGUGCGAGAUGCUCGCCUUAAGGAGGAGAAGGACAAAUUCACAAAAAUGGAGAUGGAUGCUCUAGCUAAAGAAAUGGGAAUGACACCAGCACCACCAACAUAGCCACCUUUUCUAGGAAAUAAAACUCUUGUAAAUUUGUAGUGACUCAGAUUGAUUGUUAAUUCUGUAUCAUGCGGUAUGGUUUUGUGUGUAAUAUACAAGUAAAGACUUUUCUAGGUAUCUGAUUUGUUGUGAUUUAAAAUGAACUUUGUGCCAAGAGUGAUCAUGGUGUAAUAACAACAAACUCUUAAAUAAAGGAUGCCAUUAUGGUAAGCAAUAUCA